GAUCUCGUUUUCUGUUCACGUUUUAGAUCCAUCGAUUCGCAAACCCUAAAUUCAUUCGAUCAUCAAUUUGCUUUAAUCCCCUAAUUUCCAGCUUAAAUUUUUUAAAAUUCCUCCUUUUGGAUUCAUUGUAUAUCCUAAUUCGUUUCUUAGAAACAACUCUGCGUGAAUCCGAAGCCUAUUUGGAAGGGAUAGCUAAGUUUGAAGAUUCCGCUGGAAAAUGAGUUUUUUGGCUUCGUUUCGAUUGGAAUGAUCGGAACAAGCUAGAAAAUUUGCUGGAAGUAUUGUCGAAUGGAUAAAAAUCGGUCUAUCGCAAUCGUCUUGGUAUUCCUAUUUUUGUCUACCACUUGCAAAUUGAUCGCUAGUGACGGGAAUAAUGCUCCUGCGGAUUCUCAGGUUUCACCAAUUGCAAGCCCAGUUAAUGAUUCGAAUACGAAUAUGAAUCCGAAUACGAGCUCGAUAAAUACAGAAAAUCCUCAAUUAGACAAGCCGAAAGAAUCCGAAAAGCCUGAAUUAGAGAAGCCAGAGGAAUCUCAGGCGGGCAAUCAGACUAAUAGUGAUUCGACAUUACCAGUUCAUCCGGAGGAAUGGAAGAAACCUGACAAUGGCACUAAAAGUUUAGGUGCUCCUAGCCCGCCAGAGGGUGAGAAGAAGGGCAAUGAAGUUGUUGGAGGCAAUGAGAAGGCCAAUGUGACCAUGCCGAAGCCAGAUGACAACGUCAGCUGCGAUGGAUCUGUCAGCAGUUGCAGGGAGCAAACAAUGCUUGCCUGCAUUAAAAUGUCGAAAGAUGGCGGGAUAGAUAGUGUGUUUCUUGUAGCGACGAAUGAAGGAGAAAAUACUUUGAAAGUCAACAUCAAAUUACCUAAUUCAGUUGAAUAUUUUGUGUCAGAUGUCGAAGUACCCAAACAUACAAGUAAAAAGAUAAACAUUUCAUCUGUAGUUGGCAAGAGCAACAAACUGAUAGUGAGUUCUGGAGGUGCCCCAUGCAAUCUUGUUUUAUUGCAGUCUGCUUCCGUCGACAAGAUUAUGCAGCAGCUCUCUUUCUACUCUAAGCAAGUGACUCCUAUAUAUGCCGUGUAUGCUUCUUUCCUCAUCACAUUUCUUUUAGGAGGGACAUGGGCCUGUUGCAGAUUUAGGAAGAGAAACCAGCAGGAUGUAGUGACUUAUCAAGAGCUUGAAAUGGGCCUUCCAGAAUCUACUGCUAACGUGGAUAGCUCCGAAGGCUGGGAUCAGGAUUGGGACGAUGAUUGGGAUGAGGAUGUUGAAGUGAAGUCCCCAUCUGGACACCAAGUAAGAAGUGUCUCUGCCGAUGGACUCACCUCUAGGUCUCCAAAGAGAGAUGGAUGGGAAAAUGGCUGGGACGAUUAGGAUUACACAAAAAAAAACCCCCACAAGAGUGUAAGACAUACAGAUUUUGCUAAGCGCAAAAUACUCCACGCAAGAGUAAGGCAUACAGAUUUUGCAAAGCGGGAUAACAAACGACAGAGCCAUUGGUAAAUUAUGAAUCUUUUUCCUCGUUUUGCCAUGAUAGGAAAAUGUAAGCACUGCUUUUUAUAUUGGAUCUUUUGUGCAA